UGCAAAAACAAAUUAAGAAUCAAAAUUGGGUCACCAUAUCAAUAUUGCAAAAAUGAAAAAUUUCAAUCACCAGGAUAAUCGGAAUGGGCUAUUUUGAACAUGAGGAUAACCCGGUUGCGAAUAGACCGGUAUGUUAGUUGAGUCACAUCCCCCACAUUUCCAGCCAUCUUUCUUCAUCAUCUUCUUCUUCCUCCAUCUUUCCUCUCUGACAAAUUUUUAGGAAAAAAAAAUCAUCAUUUUCUUCCCGGAUUCAACCCACCAAUUUUCUUGUUCUCCAGAUCAUUGAAUGAACAAUCUGGUUGAUCCAUAUCCCAUCAAAUGUUCCAUGGGUUUCCUGCAUCAUCAUCAUCAACCAUUCAUCAGGUUUCUUCUUUUUUCUCCAUUUUUCUUCCUCCUAACUAGUGUUUCCAGUUUCUACCUCCCGGGGAGCUUCCCCCACAAAUACGAUGUCGGAGAUCAGCUCUCAGUCAAAGUGAAUUCAUUAACAUCAAUCGAAACCGAAAUCCCAUACGGGUAUUACUCUCUUCCAUUCUUCUGUAAACCAAAAGAAGGCGUCAAAGACAGUGCUGAAAAUCUCGGGGAACUCCUGAUGGGAGACAGGAUUGAGAACUCCCCGUACCGAUUCAAGAUGUGCGUUAACGAGACGGAGGUGUUCUUGUGCCGAUCCGCUCCCCUGUCUUCUGAUGAUUUCAAGAUCCUUAAAUCCAGGAUUGAUGACAUGUACCAGGUUAACCUCAACCUGGACAAUCUCCCGGCGAUCAGGUACAUGAAUAAAGAUGGUUACUUGCUCAGGUGGACGGGGUAUCCGAUCGGGACCAAACUCGGGAGCGAUUACUACCUUUUCAAUCACCUGAAGUUCAAAGUCUUGGUUCAUAAGUACAUUGGGAAUGAUAACAUGGUUGUCGGGGUGAUCGGGACUGGAGACGGGGCUGAAUUGAUCACCCCUGAGGAUAACAAAGACGACUUGCCGAGCUAUAUGGUUGUCGGGUUUGAAGUCGUGCCAUGCAACGUUCAGCAUAAUUCUAAGUUGCUCAAGGAUUUGGGGACCUAUUCCAGGUACCCUGCCCCUAUUAAAUGCCAACAGGACAAGGUGUCAUUGGCUGCGAAGGAAGGCGAGCCGGUUACUUUCAGCUACGAGGUUUCAUUCGUGGAGAGCGAAAUCAGGUGGCCGUCCAGAUGGGAUGCGUAUCUGAAGAUGGAAGGAUCCAAAGUACAUUGGUUUUCGAUAUUGAAUUCCCUGAUGGUGAUCACAUUCUUAGCCGGGGUAGUUUUCGUGAUACUGUUGAGGACGAUCAGGCGGGAUUUAGCCAAGUAUGAGGAGCUGGACAAGGAAGCUCAGGCACAGUUAAAUGAGGAGUUGUCCGGAUGGAAGCUGGUUGUCGGGGAUGUAUUCCGGGCUCCAGAAAAUGCCGAGUUCUUAUGUGUGGUUGUUGCUGAUGGAUGCCGAAUUGUUGGGAUGGGGAUUGUCACCAUCUUUUUUGCGGCAAUGGGAUUCAUGUCGCCGGCUUCUCGUGGUGCAUUGCUCACAGGGAUGCUCCUGGUUUAUGUAUUUUUAGGGAUUUUAGCAGGAUAUGUGGCGGUUUGGCUUUUGAAGACGAUUCAAUCAGGGGAUGCUUCCAGAUGGGGUUCGGUUUCCUGGAGGGUUGCCUGUUUUUUCCCUGGAAUUUCAUUCACAAUUCUAACUUUCCUGAAUUUCUUGUUAUGGGGAAGCCAAAGCACUGGAGCCAUCCCCAUCUCUACAUUUAUAGUUCUCCUCUUGCUUUGGUUCUGCAUUUCAGUCCCUUUAACUCUCCUGGGCGGAUUCGCUGGCACGAGAUCGCCAGCCCUGGAAUAUCCAGUCCGAACAAACCAAAUCGCUCGCGAAAUCCCAGCGCAGAAGUUUCCAUCCUGGCUGCUGGUUUUUGGAGCCGGAACACUUCCAUUUGGAACCCUGUUCAUAGAACUGUUCUUCAUCAUGUCCAGCAUUUGGCUUGGGAGAGUCUACUAUGUCUUCGGGUUCUUGCUCAUAGUUUUUAUCCUUUUAGUCAUUGUCUGUGCUGAGGUCUCCCUUGUUUUGACCUACAUGAACCUUUGUGUUGAGGAUUGGAGAUGGUGGUGGAAGUCAUUCUUCGCCUCGGGUUCGGUCGCGGUUUAUAUAUUCAUGUACUCCAUAAACUACCUUGUGUUUGAUCUCAAGAACCUGAGUGGACCUAUUUCAGCUAUGCUCUACUUGGGAUACUCUCUUUUGAUGGUCAUUGCAGUCAUGCUAGCAACCGGAGCCAUUGGCUUCCUGUCUUCUUUCUUCUUCGUCUACCGCCUUUUCUCUUCAGUAAAGAUUGAUUGAUUUAGGGAUCAUCAACAUAUUCCGUAGUUGUUUUGUAUUGUUGGAAGUUAAUUAGAUGGAUGAUGUAUGUUCCUUUUGUCUUUUCAAUAAGUUUUGUAGGGAAGAGACUCGAGAGACUUUUGAGAACUGUAAUCCAUUUCUUUUUUGUUUCUCCAGUUUCAUGCAGAAGUUGAAGUUCUAAUAGGAUCUAAAUUUCGUUA